UAUCAUCGUCUAUUCUGAUUCUUGAAUUGCUCAGGUGAGGCCAAAUUACAUCGUCGAAACGAUCGGAAAGUAUCAACAAGUUUUCAAAAGAGAAGAAAAAAAUUUUCGUUCCUGUGAAUUGGAAAGUAAAUUAUUUAUUUUCUUUAAUUUUAUUCUCUCUCUUUGUGUCUCCCAAUCAUUAGAAUUCAUGUUAAUUCAACAAUUUUACUAAUCAACAAUUAACUAAUCGACUAUUUCAAAUUCUGUGUGAUUAACAAUCAACCAACAAACUUUGAUUUAUCUCACGGAUUAUUAAUCAUAACAAUCAUGGUUAAUCAAACUCAAAUUGAGACAAUUACAAGUAUACCAGAGGUAGAGGUUUUCGAAGUGCCAAUGGUGGAAUCAACAUCCAGUGGGUCUCAACAAAGUCUUUCAAGUUCAACCAAAUCCGAUGUUAGUUUUUGUACAACAAAUUCAGGUGAUCUAAGUUUGGAUGAGGCUCUUGAAGAAGGUCGUGAGUUGAUGAAAAUGUUUAUCAACAAUAAAAUGGAUGAAGUUUUACCGAUCCUACAAGAGAAGGCCAAUUCCUCAAUGAUCCAUGCUCUUGGUGUGGCCGCUGUCCGUUUCUUUGAGGCGAUUUUGACCCUCGAUAAGAGUUACCUUCAACUGACCAUUGAGGCUUUCAAGUAUUCAUCGGCUUUCGCUGAUUCACUUCGGCGUAAAUCUUAUACAUCUUUCCUCUUCUCGCCCAAUUACAACGGCUACACGGAUGAAGAGUGUCACGCUGAACUUUGUUAUGCCAAAUCGUAUCUCCUUUGGGGUCUAGUCACCGUUCUUGAAGAUCAAUCGGUUUAUGGUUUUAUCAAUGGUGCUCUUAAGAUUCGUGCUUCUCAUCAAUCAUACAAAGAGUGCUUGGCAAUGUUAAAACAUAGAACCACUUGGGAUUCUGAGAUUUCCCGAAUGCACUUUGAAAGUGGUACCCGUUUGGGUAUUGGUGCUUUUGAUCUGGUCAUCUCUUUCUUCCCAACCAAAAUGGCCAAACUUCUUGAAUUUGUUGGCUUCAAUUCUGAUCGUGAUGUGGCCCUUGAUGAGUUAAACAUGUCCGUUAAUCUUGUUGACGGGCUUCUCUAUGAUGUCACCUCAAUAUUGCUCUCAGGUUAUUAUGGUUUCCUUGAAUACUUUUAUGGUCUUGGUGAAGGUGAUGUUGAAUUUUUCAAUCGAUCAUCAAAAAUUUGGCUUGUCCGUACACCCGAAUCGGCUAUCGUUAAACUUGGACUUGGUGUUCGUGAAAAGAUCAUCGGUAAUCCCGAUAAGGCCAUUGAUUAUUAUGUCGAGUGUAUCAAAGGUCAAUCGUUUUGGCGGCAACUUAAUUUCGCUUGCUACUGGGAAAUCAUUUGGUGCUAUGCAAUGAAAUGUGAUUGGGAAAAGGCUGCUAAUUAUGCUCGAUUAUUGAAAGAUGAUUGUAAAUGGUCUCCCGCCAUGUUUACUUACCUGUACGCGGUGUUUACCUUCAUGGUGAUGGAGGAAAACGAUCGACCUGAUUUGGAACAAGACAUUUCCAAAGCUUUCUUAAGAAUACCUCAAUUGAAAAGACGAUUCGGUGGAAAACGAGCUUUCCAUGAGAAGAUCGUCAUUGAAAGAUCACGAAAAUAUCACGAUAAAGUUAAACAAAUGCUUUUACCUCCUUUCGAAUUAUUAUAUAUUUGGAAUAUAUUUAACAUGAUGGCAAGUAAUCACACUCUAAUCCAAGUUUAUUUAGAUAAAAUCGAUGCCAAGUUAACUGUUCACAAAAAGGAUAAAGAUGACCAUAAUAGUUCACUUGAUGCUUAUUGUUACCUCAAGUUUAUGAAAGGUGUUUGCUAUCGGCACCUUAAUCAGUUGGUUAAAUCGAUUGAUUGUUUCACUGAAGUUCUUAAUUGUAAGAAACGGAUCGACGAGGAGACCCACCUAUUACCUCAAUGUGCAUUCGAGCUUGGAUUAAUCCACCGAUCAAUGGGACAAAAUGUUGAGGCCAAAAAGUGGCUCAAAAAAUCACGGGAUGAUUACAGCGGCUAUUUAACUGAGACUAUGAUCCAUUAUCGUGUACAAUGUGCACUGUAUCGUUAAAACAAUGAAACAAUUAACGAGUAAUUAACAGCAGCAAAAGAAAGUCAAUUCCAAUUAAUCACCGAUUGAUUUUUGUUUUCUGGUACAAUUGUUUUCUAAAAAAUUAGUUUAAAAAAAAAGAUACAGUUAAUUACUAUUGAUUGAUUAGUAUUUUCCUAAUUGUAAACAAUUGAAAAUCUUACGUGUAAUUAUAUAAUUACUUAAUUAACAUUUUCUAUUUAGUAUCAAUUUCGUAUUAUUUUAACAAAAAAAAAUCUAAUUCUUUUCUAAUUAAAAUCGUAAUGAUUAACCAAAU